AUGCCAGAGGAUAUGGGUGAAAGGCGACCACCGCAAAGUACAGGCACGUAGGAACGCGGCGGAGGCUCCACAUCCACAUCCACAUCGAUGAGUGAGUGGCAUCAGGGGGACGAUGAAGGUGGAGUGAUCAUAGAUUGCUGAAGCGACCAGGAUAGUGGUGAUCUUUCGCAUGACAGUGCUGGUGGGAGCGAGGUAGUUCGCCAUCGUCGAGGUCGUUGACGGCAGCGAAUGAAUGACCGUGCCUGGCUUGUUAGGGAGACCUUCUUUCGUGGCGCUGGUCUUGAGCGCGGUGUACGGAGUGUUGGAAGUGCUAUCCUGCUCGGUUUAUAAAAGCGUCCCACCGCUCCUGUCUGUCCACGUAGGUAGCAAACCCGUGGGACAUCUCUAGGAACACAACUACAGGGAGCAACGUCGUGAAGUACCUGCGCGGCAAACGCUACUCCACGACCCGAAAAUGUUCUACGAGGACUUCGUG